GAGGUAUAAUUAGGGGUGAGAGAGGUAAAUAUGAGAUCUGUUCGUUAGUUAUUCAGGAGUUAGACUAUAUAUUUAAAAGCCUGACUGUUUCACUUAAUCCCUCCGAAUUCUCGGAGUUGAACUGAGGUUUUCAGGGGGUUCCAGGCGUGGAGAAAUUGCCGAGCGGAAUCUUCAAUUUCUCGGGAAAUUCCUUCGGAGUCUGGCUCGGCUGGUUUCCCAGUCACAGCUCCCAUUCUCUGCUGGAACAACCAUUGCCUGGCCAGCGGAAAAUCCCCGGGACUUCGCCUACGUGUGCUCCGAAAAUCGGGCGGAGGUCGAGUGAAGUGAAAAGCGUAAGCGGAGGGAGUUUAUGAGAAGUUAUUUUUUUCAAACCCUCCCUGGAAAGGCGUUUGUCUUUCAAAGUGACAACGUUAAUAAAGAAAAACAGUUGGCGUCUUCAAGGGAAAGGAAAAUGGAAAUUUAGCAGGAGUUUCCCUGCAGUGAAUAAAUGUUUGCAACCUGAUAAUCAGCUGGAUGCGCAUUGCCCAGAAUCACAAGACACGUACUGCGUGAAUAUUCCUCCCCGCUGGUUUACAGGAGGAAACAGCGCCUGGCAAUCCGACAGUCCUGGGCACUCAGUGUCUGUCCCCAGCCCAGAGUAAACACCUACUGCACUGUUAAACUCUCAGCUAUUGGGAUAGCCAGCUCCGAUGGAUACAGAGGCGGUAAGUUUUGAAUGAAGCCCCAGUUCCUCUCUCUGAGCUUGCUGCUGGUUCGGGUUCAGUCCGGAGGGAGACCCCGCUUUAUCACGGCGACUUGUACCUGGAGCAGAAACGUCCACCCCACCCCCACGGCACGGUGCACACUGGAAUCAAUAUCUCACAAACUACCAGAAAAGGAGACAAAAGUGACCAACUGUAACUGUCCAGCGGUUAACGUUGUGGAAGAAAAUAUUGAUUUCAAAGCACUUCGGGCAAAAUUUCAAAAGUCUGAUAUAAUAAAGAUCAAGCCCAGUGGUAAACCACCUUUACAAGCUUCUGAAGCACCUGGAGUGGCUCGUACCAAAACCAAUGUAACCAACAUUAACAUUUUUGAGACAGUUCCUCUUCACAAUGCUGCUGUUCAACAAACUAAUGCACAAUCUCUACAUCCUCCUGUUCCGCUGAUAAAGCCAGCAGUAGUUCCAAAGCCUGUACUUCUGAAAUUACCUGACUGGACAACACCCAAUGAUCCAGAUGAAAGUGGAAGAAAACCUGAAGAUCUUACUAGCUAUGAAGGUGCGUCAUUGAGGAUUAGUUCCAACAAUCUUCAAAAACUUGAAAAUAAGACCUCAGAAUCCAGACCGUCAAAAGAUAAUGUCAUAAGUGACCAACUGAAUGCAAUCUCAUUUAAAGAAAAAUUAAAUAUUUGGGAGAAUACUUUACAUUGCAAUAGUGCACCAGCUGAAAAGAUAAAAUGUGGUACACUUCCUCCUUCACUGUCAAAUUCAAGAGCAAAUUCUUAUUUUCCUCCUAAGACAACAUGUCAUGCUGAUCCACAUUUCAGGACAACUUCUCCUUCACAAUAUAGGAAGGAAAAUCUAAGUAUGGAGCCAGAGAUACAGAUAUCUGGUGCAAGGAAAGAAAUUGUCCAGUCUAUGCUCAUCCAAAGUAGUGACAUUUCUCAAUCAGUUGAUAACUGUGGAAUUAUUGUUCCACCUCUUCCACCAAAAACAUAUCUUUCUUGCCCAAAAGUUGAUCAGAAAGGGUUAAAACUAGAUGUCAACCACAGUGCAGAGUCAGAGACUUCUCCAGGGUUGCCAUUAGAAAACACUCGAGAACCAAAGCUGCCAAUGGAUCAAGGAGUAGGAAACACUCAUGAAAAAGGCUACCAACAUACAUUCCUGCGAUGUAGAGAGUUGCCAUCUGUUGAAGUAUUGGGACCUCCUCCAGUGAAACCACCCAGACUAUUCAAUGUAGACCUUGGCGUGCUACAGAGGAUCAAAAUGGCCAGUUAUAGUCCAAUUGAAUUAUCUAAGAAAAAUGGCAUCUCUUCGUCAUCGAUAUCAUACACAGAUGAAUGUACAGUUUUAAGCACUGCAAGCAGUAUACAUGAAGAAACCAAUAAUAAAACGGAGCAGCAAUAUGAAGAAGUUGAGCUGAAAAAUGUAUUGCAAAUCAGAAAAACAAAAGGGAAACAUCAAGACCAUGUUAAGGAAUGUGAAAGUAAAGAAAUAAGAGAAAAAGAAUUACACAAGAAAUUCAAUCUCACAGGCUUGGAGCUUCCAAUAUAUAAAGUUCAAGUGCAGCAGCACUUGAAGGGAGGAAAGCUGGGCCUCACGGUGAAACAAGGUGAAAUAGUGGAAAUUAUCCGUAUGGUUGACUGUCCUACUGGAAAGUGGCUGGCCAGAACUCACAAUGGGAAUUAUGGUUACAUCCAAAUUGAUGCUGUGAAAAUGGAUAAUGCCGAAAUUAAGGAAAUUAGUAAAAGAAUUUUGAAGCAAACAGAAACAUUUGAGGAAAUAUAUGAUGAUGUUGGUCUUUCUGAAAUACCACCUGAACUAUGUUUCACAUCACCACUUCAAAGUGUUGGCUUUGGGCAAUCCUGUGAAGCAACAGAUACCAAAAAAGAGUCAGAGAAAAGAAACAGUGGAAAUAAGAUGAACCCCCUGACAAAAAUCUUACAGAAAGGAAAAGAAAAGAAAAAAGGCCAUGAAAGUUCCUUGUAUACCCUGCAACCUGAAUUUGGAUCUGUAUCCCACGGUUACGAUAACUCGAGCAAUUUGUCAGCAAGUCAAAAACUGAGCGGUUCACAGAACUGUUUUGUGGAUGAGGACCAAUUAGACGAACAAGUGUAUGAUGAUGCAGAGACCUGUAACUCAGAAUCUCUUAGAAAAGACCGAAUUAAGGAAUUGGGGAAACUGUUCAAGAAGGAGAUUGGUGAUGGAGAAAGGGGGAAGAAGGUAAAAAUGAGAAAAAAUAAAGCACAAGAUCAUCUCAGUGCCAGUUCAAGGUCACAGUCUAUUUCAUCUAUAACUAACUCGGAAAGUGGUGCAAGCAGUGUGUAUGAAGAUGUUAACAGUGUAAAGGAAUAUGGUGAUUUUGAAGACAGAGCUUCAAAAUCAGACCCAAAUAAAACCAGUUGGGCAAAUAUCUUCAGGAAGCGUGAAGAAAAUGUAAAGACAACUGGAGAAAUGAACACAAAGGUACAAGAAGCUGAAAGACUGGAUGGCAAUAAUGAGGAUGGCCUCAUUGCAGAUUUUAAGGCAACCAGAGAGAAGGUGAAAGGUAUAUUCAAAGGCAAGAGAAAAGAUCAAAAUGAAGAAAAAGAGACAAAAGUGAAUAAAAAGAAAAUGCUAAAAGAGCAAGAAUUUAGAGAAAAGUUUAAUUAUACUAAGGAGAUAGUUGUGGAAAACAUUGCAGUUGUAGAGCAGAAUGCUGUACGGGAGGAAAAAGGAUCCCUGUACUUACCCAUAAAAUCCGGAGAGAAGCUGGAUGUAAUCGAUAUUGGAGAAGGAAACCAAAUUAUCUGUAGAAACUCGGACGGCAAAUAUGGUUAUGUUCACGUACGGCAUUUAACAUUUAGAAGCCAGAAUUAACAGGAAUGCUUUACUUCGGAAGGAAAUGAACACAAGUUAUUGUUUUGAAAGUUACUGAUUUUCAAAAGAAUUUCUGUAUAUACUAUAUUUAUAGCUAUCACUUUAAUGCACAGUCAUUUCAGUAGUACAUCAAAAUGCCUGUCUAUUGUAAUAAAAGAUGUUGAAAGAAAAAACACAAUCUUUCUGGAAUUCACAUUAUUUUAAAAAAAUGCUGCAAGAUAUGGCAGAUAGUGUCAUCAGAUUGAUAACUUCUGAGCAAGAGGCACAUGAAUGUGUGUUUGAAUCCAAAAAGCACAUUUGACUGGAGUAUAAUGAAUAAAAUAUAAAACAAA